GGCCCGGGACUGAGGAGCACGAGCGGAGCAGCCACUCCGCAGCAGCGCCGUUCCCCCUUGGCUCCGACCCACCUCCCGGUUUCAUCCCUCUGGAGCCCGAGUUCCCUGCCCGCGCGGCCGUCGUGAGGCGGCCGCUUGCGUUCCCGCGCGGGGCCGGGCGAUGUCUGCGUGGGGGUCCCGGCCCGUGGUCCUCGGCCUCGGGUCCCGCCCGCUCCGCCUCCUCCUCGUCUUUCAGCUGGUCGCGGGGCGCUGGGGCCCGGCCGGCGCGGGGGGCGGAGCGCCUGGAGGAUUAGCUGAACCAUCCUUUGUUGCAAAACAUGAAGAUAGUUUGUUUAAGGAUUUGUUUCAAGACUACGAAAGAUGGGUUCGUCCUGUGGAACACCUGAAUGACAAAAUAAAAAUAAAGUUUGGCCUUGCAAUAUCUCAAUUAGUGGAUGUGGAUGAGAAAAAUCAGUUAAUGACAACGAAUGUCUGGUUGAAACAGGAGUGGACAGAUGUGAAAUUAAGAUGGCGUCCUGAGGACUAUGGAGGAAUCAAAGUUAUACGCGUCCCUUCAGACUCUCUCUGGACUCCAGACAUUGUUUUGUUUGAUAACGCGGACGGGCGUUUCGAGGGGGCCAGCACGAAAGCGGUCGUCAGGCAUGAUGGCACGGUGACCUGGACGCCGCCAGCAAACUACAAGAGUUCUUGUACCAUCGACGUUACAUUUUUCCCAUUCGAUCUCCAGAACUGCUCCAUGAAGUUUGGUUCUUGGACUUACGAUGGAUCCCAGGUUGAUAUUAUUUUAGAGGACCAAGACGUAGACAAGAGAGACUUCUUUGACAAUGGAGAAUGGGAAAUUGUCAGUGCCACAGGGAGCAAAGGGAACAGAACGGAUAGCUUCUGUUGGUACCCGCAUGUUACAUACUCCUUUGUAAUCAAGCGCCUGCCUCUCUUCUACACCUUGUUCCUUAUCAUUCCCUGUAUCGGCCUCUCGUUUCUAACCGUGCUCGUCUUCUACCUCCCCUCCCACGAAGGGGAGAAGAUCUGUCUCUGCACGUCAGUACUGGUCUCUUUGACUGUCUUCCUGCUGGUUAUUGAGGAGAUCAUCCCCUCGUCUUCCAAAGUCAUCCCUCUGAUUGGAGAGUACCUGGUGUUCACCAUGAUUUUUGUGACGCUGUCCAUCAUGGUCACUGUCUUCGCCAUCAACAUCCACCACCGUUCUUCCUCAACACAUGAUGCCAUGGCGCCUUGGGUCCGCAAGAUAUUUCUCCACAAGCUUCCCAAACUGCUCUGCAUGAGAAGUCAUGUAGACAGAUACUUCGCUCAGAAAGAGGGGACUGAGAGCGCUGGGAGACCAGAGCCUUCUCGAAACCCACUGGAAGCUGCGCUUGAUUCUAUCCGCUACAUCACCAGACACGUCAUGAAGGAGAAUGAUGUCCGUGAGGUUGUUGAAGACUGGAAAUUCAUAGCCCAGGUGCUGGAUCGGAUGUUUCUGUGGACUUUUCUUCUGGUUUCAAUUGUUGGAUCCCUUGGGCUUUUCAUUCCUGUUAUUUACAAGUGGGCAAAUAUCAUAGUCCCAGUUCACAUUGGAGAUGCAAAUAAGUGAUACCCGCGCCAAGGGGACAUAGUAGGAAUUUAGUUACCAAAGGCACAUGUAGCUCUGGUACCUAUAAACUUAGAAAAUGUAAAUUGUGCUUGAAAUUUAACAGACUGACGGUUGCUAACAUUGGUUUAUCUUAAUAGAUUGCCCAUUCGAACAUUUUACCUGCAUGAGUGAAGCACUAACUGACUCAACAUUUGAUCUAGAAAUAGCAGCGAAAUAGUACCUGAACUGUGCUAGUGCAAACCUAAUGUUUGUAUCCUGGCAAAUAACACCAGUUUGUAAUCAACAUGAAGCUCAUCUUUUGACUGUGUUGGAAAAUUCCCAUCAUAUUUGAAGACUGAUUUCAGGACUUUUUCUGCAUUUGGUAAAGGUACACAUUUUAAAUCUCUCUCUGUCCUGUAUCUGCGGGGGCAGGGGGUGGGAGACAGCUGAUCUUCGGCACGGUGUCCUACUGCUGUAUUAAAUAAGCCAGCUACUUGGUACAAUAACCAUUUAAUGUGAUGCUGAUUUUUCUAUAACCAACAUUUUAAAAAGUGAAAAGUGGGAAUUCCUUGAAGGCUUACUUUAUUCCUUAGAUGCUUUAACUGAACAAUUAUUGUAUUAACUAUUUUUGUAGCUUACCGUCCAUUGUAAAAUCAUACAAUAGACAACUCCUGUGCACAUGCACGAGUAUCUAAAUAAUUAACAAUAAUUUCAACCCCCUUGUCCAUAUUUUCCACAAUAACCAUCUUCUAUAUAAAUUGUAGCCUUUCUGUAUCGUUCAUCUCAGAAUAGUCCUCUACAAUGAAGUAAAUCCCAGUUUUAAAACUUAAAACCUCCAUGGAUACCAAAUCCUACUGUGAAGAAACCAUCUUCCGAGAUUAAAGGUGGUUUCUAAUUAGGUAGAAGCACAUCAUUACAUAUCUGUAAUGUUUUGGUUUCUCUCUUUCGUCCCAACAGUUACAGUGCUAGAGACUUAGAGUUGUGAGGGCUUGUAGAUGUCAUGCAGUGUUAGCCUUUCACUGCUCACUCAGGACCGGAUGGACUGUCGAGGGUAAACGAGUUAGUUUACCCUCGUGCCCCUGUUCAGCUGCUACCCAGGAGAGCACACCAACAGAAGCCCGGGUUUGAUGAGCAACUCCUAGCUCUUGCGAGAGCAAAUGCCUUAUUUAUAGUAAGUAACCAUCUAAGGGCAAGUCAGCGCUCUCUGGAAGAUAGAGGGGAUCCGUCUCAUCUCUGUCUUACUGUAGGCACAUGUUCAGUGUCAUUUAACAGGUGAACGUUGGGUUUGCUGAGUUUAAACUGCCUGUUAAGAUAGCUUUGCACGUAAUCUCCCUGAUUCCUCAUCUGUCUGCAUUACUGUUACUUAAAAUUUCUGUAA